AGUAAAAUUAAUUACUGUGACUAAAAACCAAUAUAGAUUGGUGUCAGUAGUUUGAAGGACCAACCUCUUGGCCAAGCCCAUGGACCAAACUAGAAGAUAAAAUCCUUGAAAGGGAACACUGUGCAACAUUUGAUCACAUUUUGUUCAACACCAAGCACAGGUCCAUUCAGGUCUGAUCGGAUUUCCUUUUCACUGGCAAUAUUUGACUGGCUUUCUACAAGAUGGGUCAACCAUCGAGAUGGGUGUGGGGGGUCCUUCUGUGCCUUACCAUUUCUACAACUCCAGGUUCAUCUGCAGAUUCAGUUGACCCUCAGUUGACUCUGGCUUUGGCAAUCGAGAUCACCAAUCAAGUAUUCAAUGCCUCCCUGCAGAAUCCUCAAUCAGAGUACUCCAAGUGGAUGGAUACAGAAGUGAAAAUGCUGCUUGACGGCGUUUACAAAUGUAACGAUUGCGAUACAAAACGAACCUACGGAGGUGUUGAGUGCAUAACCUACAGAUCCGGACUGAUAGCUACCGCGUCUAUCAUCUUCAAAACAGAUGAAAUCAACCCAUAUAUUGUCCAUGGACUCUUUGAACAAAAUAUUGCAACAGCCCUACUCCAAACGAAACUCAUUGUGAACAAGGAAAACAUCCCGCUGCCGAUCUUAUUGGGUAAAGAUGCGUGCAAGAAAAUAAGUACAACUACUGAGCCACCUAUAACUCCUGAACCAACGUCAACUUCUGAGCCAACUUCAACUCCUGAGCCAACCUCAACCUCUUCAACUCCUGAGCCAACUACAACUCCUCAGCCAACUUCAACUCCUGAGCCAACUUCAACUCUGCAACCAACUUCAACUCCUUCAACUCCUAAGCCAACUACAACUCCUCAGCCAACUAUAACUCCUUCAACUCCUGAGCCAACUUCAACUCCUGAGCCAACUUCAACUCCUCCAACUCCUGAGCCAACUUCAACUCCUUCAACUCCUGAACCACCUACAACUCCUGAGCCAACUACAACUCCUGAGCCAACUACAACUCCUAAGCCAACUUCAACUCCUUCAACUCCUGAGCCAACUUCAACUCCUUCAACUCCUGAGCCAACUUCAACUCCUUCAAGUCCUGAGCCAACUUCAACUCUGCAACCAACUUCAACUCCUACAACUCCUGAGCCAACUACAACUCCUGAGCCAACUACAACUCUGCAGCCAACUUCAACUCCUUCAACUCCUGAGCCAACUUCAACUCCUUCAACUCCUGAGCCAACAACAACCACUGACCAUACAGUGACCCCUGAACUGACAAAUAACCCUGACCCUACAACGACCCCUGACCUUACCAACGCCACUGACCCUACCAAUACCCCUAACCAUACAGCAACCCUUGACCCGGCCAACGGUGGAGGAACAUCUGGCUCUCCCAGUGGUGGAGAAAACCGUGACGAUAGAGACUGGGUGCCCGGAUGGGGCAUUGCCCUCCUGGUGUUAGCUGCAGCCAUCCUGUUGCUUCUCAUCAUCAUUUUUAUCCUUUUGUGUGUUCACUAUUGCCGCGAGCUCCCAUCAGAGGACCCCAUGGGGAAGAACCCUGACCCAUACUAUGAGCAGAACAAGAUGCCUCCUCAGGAAACUGUGCCAGUACUCUAUCCAUCAGCACCGACAGCAACGCCCUCAAGUCCAAUGCCGACAAAGAUGGUGGUUGGUGACACACCCAAAAAGAAUCGGACAGGCUUCUAUGCUGUGAAUCCUUGACAUGAAGGCAAAUUAGCACGUUUUGCGGAUUCAGGCCCACAAAAGAUGACGAAUGAAAGAGAAUAGGAGGCCUUUGACUAUACUGUGUAAGGAAUUUGAUUUGCAUGAAUACUAUUUAUUACCCAUUCUGUAUUACACAACUUUAUUUAUAGCGAAAAUACAUAUUUUAAUCGUUGUAUCCUAUUGUAAUUAUAUUUCAUAUAUCAUGUUACUCAUUCAUGUCAUUUUGUUAUUAGUUUCCUGCUAAAGCCCCAUGUCCAUGAUAAGCUGGGAAAGAGCCCAGCGUCAGAGCUCUGUUUGUCAAGGAGACCCAUAAACGGAAAUAGCUAGUUCUGGCGGCACACUCUAGUCAUACGCCCCCUAAUCCAAUCAAACGCACCUACACUGACAGGCGGUCAAUUUAGGACCUUGUUUGCUGAGAAUUUACCCACAACCACCCAGCCUCCUCCUGCUCUGGUUCUGCUCUGUAUUGUAUGUAACCGACACUACGGGUUCAUAUAUCUGAUGAACCCCAUGGAGGAUUGUAUAGUGCUCCCUGUUGUCAUGUUGGUACCUACCUGACAUCUAUUUGUGAUGCUUUAAAUCCUACAGCAGGGAGCACCAGAAAAGAGUGGAACCAUACCGCCAAACUAAGAUGCAUCACCGUUUUAUGAAAUAAUUGGUUAAACCUAUAACCAGAGUGAUUAUUGACAGGCUUACUUGUAUUGUGCCAGUCCAGCGCUCUGCAAACCGGCUGAAGAAAACAGCAAUAUAUCACUUGACUCUCAAGUUUCUGACUGCAGAAUAAAAAAUGAUUGUCAUUAAUUUUAAACUCAGUGGAAAAUGCUACAUUUAACGAUAGUUUCAGCAUUAUAUUGCAUUUUUACACGUAGAUCAGUAGUUAUAUCAGUAUAUUAUGUUAGGUUUGUUAGCUAAUGCCAUAUUUUCUGUUGUUGCUAUGGUUGCUACUAUGGACCUGUUCUCCAACCUAAACAAAAUAAUUUGUUGUUUUUCAAUAAAAACUUGGAUUUGAGUUCAUGUGCAUAUGACUUUUUUUAUGAGAAAGAAGUCUGACUCUCAGAUACUCGUCUUAGAUCGGUAGAACGUAGGUCUGGGAGGAAUUUCAACUCAAAAUAUGGGAAGCAGAGUCUCUGAGAAAUCUGCUUAGGCUCUGAGAAAUGUGUGUAGGGCUAAAGCCCUGGAUAAUCGUAUACAUGUCUUUGGGGCCCUCUUUUAUUUAAGCGAGACCCCGGGAAACACCCAAGUAUCCUUGACCCCUGGGUCAUCUAUUAAUUGCAUUACUUCUUUUAGGGAUAGGAUCCAAAUGGAUAAUUGUCCUAGACCUUAACGCCCUGAUUCUAAUAAAAGAGUCCAGACAUCUCUGUCUUUCUCCUAAGUCAUUCCGUAUCCCAAUGCAUGGUGUGUUUUUUUUAUUUUCUGAUGACCUCUUGGUGAGGAAUUGUAUCUCUUCUUUUCGGGUUACAUAGAAAACAGACUCAAGGUCUUGAGUUGAAAUUGUGGCCAUCAAAUUGAAAUAAUAAAUACACUGUUUUACUUAAUAAUAAUACCUAGACCUACUCCGUAAUAAUUAAUUAAUAUGCCACUAUGGUGCCAGGCCGCAAUACAA